AUGCCAGGCAAACAGUCAGAAGACAGGGCAAUGGAAGUAGCAGCUGUGGAGGAUGGAGGUGACGAAGGCCUGGGAGGCCUAACGGUUGAGGAGCUGCAGCAGGGUCAGGAGGCUGCUCUGGCCUUGGAGGACAUGAUGGCUCUGAGUGCCCAGACCCUGGUCCGAACGGAGGUGGAAGAGCUGUAUGAGGAAGUGCGUCCCCUGGGCCAGGGCCGGUUCGGCCGUGUCCUGCUGGUUACUCACCGCCAGAAAGGAACACCCCUGGCACUGAAGCAGCUCCCCAAGCAGUCCACUUCCCUCCGUGGCUUCCUGUACGAGUUCUGCGUGGGCCUCUCACUUGGCACGCAUUCCGCCAUCGUGGCUGCCUAUGGCAUUGGCAUUGAGUCAGCCAGUUCCUACAGCUUCCUGACAGAACCUGUUCUCCACGGGGACCUCAUCACCUUCAUCCAGCCCAAGGUGGGUCUCCCACAGCCAGCAGCCCAGCGCUGUGCGGCCCAACUGGCCUCCGCCCUGGAACACAUUCACUCCCGUGGCCUGGUGUACCGGGACUUGAAGCCAGAGAAUGUGCUGGUGUGUGACCCAGCCUGCCAGCGUGUCAAGCUGACAGACUUUGGCCACACCCGGCCCCGAGGGACCCUGCUCCGACUCACUGGGCCGCCAAUCCCCUACACUGCCCCUGAGCUCUGUGCCCCACCGCCCCUCCCCGAGGGACUACCCAUUCAACCUUCCCUGGAUGCCUGGGCUCUGGGGGUCCUGAUCUUCUGCCUUCUAACUGGCUACUUCCCCUGGGACCAGCCCCUGGUGGAGGUUGACCCUUUCUUUGAGGACUUUCUCAUCUGGCAGGCUUCCGGCCAGCCCCAAGACCGACCACAGCCGUGGUAUAGCCUGUCACCUGCAGCGGACGCUCUCCUGUGGGGGCUGCUAGAUCCUCAGCCCCGGAAGCGGAACCCUGUGAGCUCCGUCAAGAGCUACCUAGGCCAACCCUGGAAGCAGAGGGAGGGGGAGGCUGAGGAACUGGGAAAGGAGCUGAGAGAAGAUGGGUGGAGAGGUGGACAGGAGGCUGCCAAGGGGGAGCAGCCUGCAUGCUGAGACCUGCUUAGCCUGAGCUGCCUGGCUGUGGCCUCUUCUCUGUUUCCCAUCUAUGUCCCAUCUGUCCCGUGUGUUGUCUGUGUCCCUCCUUUGUGUAUUCAUGUGUGAAUUCAUGAAUGUGCGCACGUGUGUUUAUGUGUGCAUGCAUAUAUAUAUAUAUAUAUGUGUGUGUGUGUGUGUGUGUGUGUGUGUGUACGCACGUGUAUGUGUUUGUAUGUGUGUGUAUGUAUGUGUGCAUGCAUUUGUAUGUGCGUGUAUGUGUGCAUGUAUCUGUGUAUAUACAGAUAUCUGUUCAUGCACGUAUGUGUGUGUAUAUGUCACAUGUGUGUGUGGUGUGUGUGUGUAUGUGUGUGUAUAUGGCACAUGUGUGUGUGUGUGUGUGUGUGUGUGUAGUGCUGUGUAUAAAUCAGAGGACUUUUAGGAGUCAGCUCUCUCCUUCCUUCCACCUUGGAGCGCAGCCAUGGAACUGAAUUCUUGCAAGCCUUCAAGUGCCCUUAGCCACAGGAGCCAUCUUGCUGGCUCUGGCCUAUAUAAUUCUGGAUCCUCCUGCCUCAGCUUCCUGGAACAGCAGGCAUGCACCAUGCUUGGCUGUCUGGCACAGCUCUGCACCAUCCCACCACCUCAGCUAGCCUUCCCCACAAACCCUUGUAAAAUGGCGACCUGCUGUGGACUUGACAGUCCUAGGCCCCUCCUACUGUCUGUUCCUUCUGUUUCCUUCCGGGGUGUGCACUGUACCUUAACUAACUGAGCUCCCGGGGGUGGGGUGGGGGCCUUUGGCCCCUGGAGGACUGACCCUACGUCUCUGUGAAAUGCCCGGUCUGCCGCCGCCGCCAAAUGAGUAGAAACAUCUGGCCAGCAUUGCUCCCUGCUGCGCGCGGGCCUCUCACACUCGUUGUCACUGUCCUCCUGGCUCUGUCAGCCCGCCUUCUCUCACAUGGCUUCCCUCCACUCCAGUCUGCUCUGGCUGCAUCGCUCGCGCCCCUGCAUGCUGGGACGCCACCCUCUGUGUGGGGUACACUUCCUCGGCUGCUCUCUGCAAAUAAAG